CUUGACUGCAAGUCUGUGUGGUUAUGGACGAAACAACCGAUGCAUCCCAGAAUGAUGCCGCUAGAUUUGUACAGCGGCAGGCCAUAAACAGAUCGGGAUGUUACAUGUUGCUAUUCUUCUUUUCAUUGCUCUUCCUCAACUUUGAAGAAGACACUGCCGCUCGCGCUGGACGACCGACCGUACAAGAUCAGAUUGAUGCUAUCAAAUACGAGAAAAGCUUACUUGCCAAUGUCACAUUCGGGCAAAAUAUAUCUCAUCCCACACCCGCACUCGUCCAGCAGAAAGUAGAAAAAGCACUGAGUAAGGGUAUUAAGGAUCCACUCGAUAUCGGCGUCCUCCCUGUUACACAUUUUUACCAUAAUGUAACUGGUAUCUUUCGAGGAGAGUGGAUGCCUACAAACGUUACAGUGCCUGAAAACAAUGUACCAGAUAAUAAUGCUACCUCGCCUGAAAAAGCAAGAGGUGACUUCCCGUAUGAUCAACCCGGGUCGUUCACACUCAAUAUGAAGUCAGAGCACACCAAAGAAGAUCGCGUCAAAUUUGUAGAAGGGUUUAUACGAUUACAAAACGAUGAGCGAGGCGAUUUUGGCGUACUGAUGGUGGCCGAAGGUGUACACUUUGUAAAUAAUGGAACUUUGUACAUGACGGCUGUGCCUGAAAACCACCAUAUGCCUACCGAAGACUUGCUGCACAUGUUACCUUCAAACAGUACAAUGAACCAAGGCAGAGAAGUAUUACAGGAGCAACUGAGCCUAGAAAUGGAGGAACUACAAAAAGUGCUUGACUGGUCUGGUCAAGGCUAUAUUGAUAGUGAUCGCUCAAUGCCUAACAUUACCGAUUGUACUUUCGAGUUUUGGAUGCAACUUCAUCCUGUAGAUGGUCUUAUGAGUGAGGUGCUCGAAUAUGAAAGAGAGCUUGAAAAUCCACAAGGAAUUAACGUUCGAUAUCCCGGGCCAUUUAUGGCAUCGAUGGUCAUGUAUUCGGCAAACUGUGAGAUUGUCAUGGAAAUGGACGAUUCCAACGGGAUCAAGAUAGAAAAAUAUUACAAGAAAGCAAUUUCGUACGCUACCCUAGCAAGCGUUGUGGCUUUCAUUCAAAUCUUCCUUCUUAUCCAUCAAAUGGAAUAUACGCCUACUCCAUCGAGUGUUUCGAACAUAUCGUAUUGGACAAUUGCGAUGCAAUCGACCAUGGACGGCUACCUUUGUCUGAUUCAUCUCACUACCGGCGUGGUUGUACAAAACGUGUUUAUACCCUUCGCUACGACAGCCUUUUUCACCUUUGUACUCGUCUCUAUUUUCGGGAUGCGCUAUUUAAUGGUGAUAUGGCGAAUUCAACGACCCGAAGCUGCCCAUAGAGAGCAGGCGGCGGCGACACAGAAUGCGGCUAGAACCAACUCACCAGCAGGAGACGCAAUCAAUAACGCUGAAGCGACUGCAAGAACUACAUCUACUUUGGGUGGCAUCUUGCCUAUGGCAAACACAACCGCUAGACCAGCCGUUCGGACAGUCCAAGACGAACGACGGGAGGACGCUUUGCUAUAUUACAGAUUCUAUCUUGUAUUCCUAUUAGGGUUGUUUAUUUUCUACCAGACUGCUAGCAAGUCCACGUUUGUGCAAAACAUCGUUGUCGGUGUGCUGGCCUUUGGUCUAUUCUCAUUCUGGGUACCUCAGAUCUACCGCAAUGUUAUUCGAGGAUCUCGCAGGGCAUUAAGCCGUCGGUAUGUUAUAGGCAUGAGUUUAACUCGAUUGGUUAUCCCGCUCUACUACUAUGCUUGUCCCCACAACAUUUUGGCUCACGAAUCUACAAAAUGGGUUUGGGUUUUGGCUGCCUACGUGAUGUUACAAGUUGCUGUCCUCAUGAUACAGGAUGUAUGGGAUCCCAGAUUCUUUGUCCCGGAAAGAUACUUGCCCGAGCGAUACAAUUAUCAUCCUAUCUUACCGAACGAAGACGAGGAAACCAAUGUGGAUGUCAAGGUUGUUGGGGUCAAUGCAAGUGAGGAAGCUGAAUCAUCAGAAGGACAGUCCAAACAUGCACCUGGUCGCGAUUGUGCCAUAUGUAUGCUCCCAGUGAAUGCUACGACGCAAGGUUCUGCUGGUUUGCAAGCCCUUGGACGAGCCACUUACAUGGUGACACCAUGCCACCACUUAUUCCAUACUGAAUGCUUGGAAAAGUGGAUGAGGAUUAAGCUGGAAUGUCCAGUCUGCCGUGCUUAUUUACCGGCUGUGUAAUUACUACCAUACAUGUACAACUUACAGUUGCGAUAUACCAAUCUAUAUAGAUUAGCCAAAGGCUUUCAUCCUCAAGAUAAAGUAUGACCACCGCAUUUUCUUCUUUCCAUUUUUUUAUUAUGAUGAAUCUGUGAUGACUCC